UAUCAAACUGCCAAUAUGAACGAUCAACACUUGAGUUCAGCUAAACCAAAGACUGAAGCUGCCGAUUCAGUCUCAAAGACCAGGCUGUAUUUGCUAAAGGCAGUAAAACCAAGGAAGAGGAAACAAAGGAUCUCAAAGAUACCAGAAAGUGCUAUCUCAGGAUCCUCUAGUGAUGAUAGCUUGCCAAGACUGCUGAAAUAUUGCAGAGAUAAGUCAGGUUCAAAAUCCUUUGAAAAUGAUGAAGAGGAGUUUGGUGACAGUUCACUCAACCUUGACCCUGACGAGGAAUAUUUCUCCUGUGACAACACAGGAGCUUCGUCUCCAAGCCAGUUACAAAGAGAAGGUGUCAUAGUUCCCAAAGAACUGUGAAGUUUUAAGCAUCCAAAAUUCUUCAGAAGCUGGUCUAUUCAGAACAUCACAGAGUUACCAGCUGAUUUCACACAGAAAAGGGAGACCAAAUCACAUUCUUCUCAAAGAGGUGGAGAAGCUUUAUAUGAUCUAAUGAUGAAACAGACCGCUAAUCUGAACCUUUGUGACCACAUAAAGAACACUCGUCCUGAGCAGACAGGAAUUAUGGACGAUCAGAUGGAGCGAGGAUAUGAAUCACUCAAGACUAUAUGAGACAGGAUCAUGAAACCCGAUGAGGAUCUCAGAAUUAUCAUAAAUCAACCAAUAGAGUCGGAUAAUCUACCAACAUAUCCACUUUUCCUCCCAUUCCCCAAGUGCUCUUUCCAACGCCUCGACAUCAGCCAUGGCUCCAACCUGAACAACGUCAAAGUUGACGAAGACUUUAAAGAAAUGACUAAGAGAUUAGUCGAUUUGGCCGACCAUGUCACUGGAGAAUCCUCCCCGCCAAGAAGAAAAUCAGUAAAAGCUAGAAGAAAAAUUAAGGGGAAGAAAAGGAAUGAUAGAAUGGUAACGUGGGACCAAAGUAGCCAGAAAGAGUAUUUUGACAUGGAUCAAAAGAUGAAACAAAUCGUAAAUCCAAGGAAGAUCUCUGAGUGAGUUAACUCUUUACCGAUUGAAAUGAAGUCCUUGUCGAGUUCAUUCAAAUUAAAGAAAGAUUCUAUGUACAACUUUUUCUCCCAAACAGAUGAGAUCAAGGAAGAUCCACACGAAUGUGACGGAGAUGUUGGAAUUGAAAAAUUCCUCAAUUUAAAUCUUUGCCAAAGCGAGGAUCUAGAAAUGGAGAAAAAGAACAGUGAUGCAUGUACCUCCUCAGUUGCUUUAAACUCAGAUUCCUUAGACACCAGACUAAACUUAAAGCCUAGAAACAGUCAGGGAUUAAAAAACAAAAAGAAAAAGAAGAAGCUUAGGAGAGGCACUAUUGUAAAUCCUGAUAUUUUCUCUGGGCCUAAAGUCUUCAAAGACUUAUUGACAGUAAAGAGCUCUUCCCCUAUUACCAAAGUUGCUAAAGAAAAAUCCAAAUUUAUCACUGCGGAUCUCUUAGGAGGUCACAAAGCCUCAUCUGCAGACAAACAAAGUGAUGGAAAUGAUAUCUUUAACAGAUGGCCGACUAGUUCUCCUGAUUUCAAUCAGAAGGAGUCAUCAAUCCCUAAAGCCCGAAUCAUGAAGAUGAUUUCAUCCUUACAAGAAAUUGAGAAGAACAUGUAGGUUUGCAACAAGUUUUGAUUCCCAAUAAUUAUUUUCUUUCAAUACUCAAGUAU